AUGCCGUUAAGCAGUAUGAUGGUACGAAUCAAACGCGAGUACAAGGAUGUCGUAAAUGAUAAAGCUGCCGACAUUGAGAUUGAGCCAGGGGAAAAACUUGGUCACUUCAUUGCUACUAUCUCCGGUCCAAGGGAUACACCAUAUGAAGGCGGAAGAUUCAAAGUGGAUUUACAGUUAGCAGAUGAUUUUCCUUUUAAGCCUACAAAGAUUAAAUUCAUUACAUCAAUAUAUCAUCCAAACAUCAGUUCCCAAACAGGUGCUAUUUGCAUGGAUAUUCUUAAGGAUGGUUGGUCGCCAAUUAUGACAAUCAAGGCUUCUCUUUUAUCCCUUAUCAUCCUCCUUUCCUCUCCUGUACCAGAAGAUCCUCAGGACGCACAAGUUGCAUCCCACUACUUGCGCGACUACGAUGAUUAUGCCAGGACCGCUGCCCACUGGACAGCUGUUCAUGCCAUACCCGAGAGACCGAAAAGUCCAGUAACCCUAGAAAGUUUGCUUUCACCAAAGAGCCCAUAG